UCGGGCCCUCAGUGCGCAUGUGUCAGGUCUUGCGUUGAGGUAUCCAAUAUGUCGCUGGAAGAUCCGUUCUUCGUAGUCAAGGGGGAGGUCCAGAAGGCGUUGUCUCGUGCCAGGAGCCUUUACGAACGCUGGGAGGAGCUUCUGGAGGAUGGCACUCAGGUGAGCAAAGAUGAGCUGGACUGGAGCACCAAUGAACUGAGGAACUGUCUCAGAGCCAUAGACUGGGACCUGGAGGACCUGAGUGAAACCAUCAGUAUCGUUGAGUCCAACCCGGGGAAGUUCCGCCUGGGGGAGAAUGAGCUGCAGGAGAGGAGAGACUUUGUGGAGCGGACACGGCAGGCCGUACAGGAGAUGAAGGAUCAACUCUCCAGUCCCUCUGUUGUGGCCCAGGCAGAGAAGAAGAAUAGACAGGCUCUGAUGGGUACGUCUGGGCAGGACAGGUCUGAUGGUCUGGAGUCUCACCUGGUGUCAGCCAACUCCAGAUACAUCCAGGAUCAACAGGAACAACAGCAGUUGAUCAUGCAGGACCAGGAUGAGCAGUUGGAGCUGGUGACAGGAAGCAUCAGAGUACUGAAAGACAUGUCAGGACGCAUCGGCGAUGAACUAGACCAGCAGGCUGUUAUGCUAGGAGAGUUUGGAGAGGAGAUGGACCAGACGGGUUCUAGGAUGGACUCUGUCCUCAAGAAGAUGGAGAAAGUCUCCCACAUGACCAGCAGUAGGAGACAGUGGUGUGCCAUCGGAGGACUGGUGAUUUUGACGUGUGUGUGUGUGUGUGUGUGUGUGUGUGUGUGUGUGUGUGUUCUCUCAGGUAGGAGACAGUGGUGUGCCAUCGGAGUACUGGUGGUCAUCAUGGUAGUUGUUCUCAUCCUCUUCUUCACCCUCUGAGUACGGACCUCUCUUCACUACACCACACUACUACUCACCCACUCCUUCCUGGGGAUGAACGAUGGACGAUGAAAUGGAUGAAGGGAUGGAUGAAGGCAGCGAUUAAGGAAACAGGCAAUCCAAUCCAACCCUCGUCUUUCCUUUCUCACAGAGGGAAAUUCAGUCUCUCUUUCUAUUACUCGUCACUUUAUCUCUCACUGUGUCUCUCUGUGUUUCUAUCUAUCCCCGUUUCCCUCCUCUUUCCCACCUCUCACCACCCAUAUCAGAGGAGUGAACAGCAGUGAGAUGACGGUUACAUUAUAUUAUAUAUUCAGGCAAAGCUAAGAUGUCUCUUUUAUGUGUGUGAAUUAUGGUACAGACUUGGAAUGAUGGGGAUGAGGGAGAUGUCAAUGUAGCCUUAUCUAUUUUUAUACGUCUAUGAGAUGGUCUUCAUCCCAAAUAGAACCCUAUUCCCUACAUAGUGCACUACUUAGGAUUGGUGAAAUCACCUAGAUCCUAGAUCAGUUGUUAGGUCAACUUCUACCUUGUUCCAAAUCAUCUGUCCUGUUGGAAUAGCUUUAUCAUAGGAGGUAGAAGUUACCCCUAGACACGUUUUAUGUAGUUUCCCCUUAUGGAUAAAGGAUUUGAGGCUAGUGAUCUGAUCCCAGAUCAAGUUCAAGCCUAUGGUGAUAGCUUUACCACAGUAACAGUUGGAGUUCUGGGUUGCUGGGCAGGAAAUUAGCAGAACAACAAGUUAAUUUGAAGCUCUUUCGCCCCCUAGCGGACAUUUAUGGCCAUGUCCACAUUUCAUAAUGUGAGAUACCACACUGACAUGUGAUGGCCCGGUUUCAGUGUUUUGGGGGAGUGCUGAUAUAGGAUCAGUUUUUCCUCCUACUCUGAGACGCUUUAUGAAUAUGUCCCUGAGAUGCAUUUUAUAAUAAUGUGUAAAUAAAUAUAAAUGUAAUGCAGACUUAUUUAGCCUUUCUCAAGACACAUCUCUCUAUGUGAGAGUUUCCUGCCAGGUGUCUUUUGGUUGGCACUGCCACCUUGGUCCCAAUGGUCCCCGUUUGUGUGGGAUCGUUGGUUUAAUCUGUUCAUUUGCGAAUUUAGGGCUCUCGAGUGUCACUACAGACCCUGGUUCGAUUCCAGGCUGUAUCAUAACCCGCCCUGAUUGCGAGUCCCAUAGGGCGGCGCACAAUUGGCCCAGCGUCGUCCGGGUUUGGCCGUCAUUGUAAAUAAGAAUUUGUUAACUGACUUGCCUAGUUAAAUGUAUUUACAUUGUACUGAUUGAACCACUCAAGUAUUUUUUCGUGAUCAGUUUGAAAGGUUGUAGCUGUUCUACUGAAAACUGUCUGUACUGGUUUCCCUCUAUCACAUUCUUCAAUGAUUUAGAUUUAUUAGGAACUCUCUCAGGGUGCAUUGACUGGUACAAUAGGCCCUGUUUUGAUACCUUCUUAAUGCCUCCACCUAUUCCUCGAGGAAAUCACCACUGAUCUAACAAUCUGGUUGGUCAAAGGACGCAGUGGAAAGUAGCCUAAAUUCCACCUAUCCAACUUUGUCAGAUCAGUGAUUGUGCACAAACAAGGUUGCAUUAGAAGGGUUUGAACAGGGCCUGAUUCUUCCAAGCCAAAAAAGUCAAAGUUAGCUAGCGUUUAUCCACUUCAAUGAAGAACUAUUCAUUUCACCAGUGCCAAUUCUCAUGCUAUGGAAAUGACUUACCAUUCAGGAGUUAUUGCUAGAUGCCUCGUGGGAAGAAUGUAUUGUGUAAAUAUCAUACAAAAUGGCCACCUUCCUGCUUUUGUUUGCUUGCAGUGCACACAUUUCCAUGUUGUAGAAUGGGAGUUUAGAACUGUACUGUUUUGUGAGCACAGUAAACAUUAGUGAAAGGUUGGUUUCAUUGAAUUAGUGACCUCACUCAUCUCUUUAGUUCAAGCUCUACUGUUGCAAUGUUUUCCAAAGUCUAUCAAUUCUAUUUGCCUCUUAACCCAAAUAAUAUCAAGUAAACACUCCUUUUUUUUUUUGUUUCUUGGUGAAAAUCAACACUUGUUCUUAAUAAAUCAUAUGCUUUUAAA